CCGCGGCAGAGCGAGCCUCGCGCCCGGCGGCAGCGGGAGUCUGCGGGGCUGACGGGGGCGUGGCGGGGACCCCGGGGCGGCGCGCGCGAGGCUGUGGGGCCCCGCUGCGCUCGCCCGCGGACCUCCCGGACCUCUGUGCGGGACCUCUGUGCCAGGCAGCAAUGGGGCUCCCGCGGCUGCUGGUCCUGGCCCUGCUGGCUUGGGGUCGCGUGGCGGCUGGCGGAGCUGAGACGAUCGGGAACUCCAGCCAGGGUUUUCUUGAAUUUUCUGUUGGGAAAUUCAGAUACUUCCAGCUCAACGGGUCCUUUCCAGAGGAAGCCAUUCUGCGUCAUAUUUCAAGCAAUGUGACUUUUCUCAUAUUCCAGAUACACACACAGUAUCAGAAUACCACAGUUUCUUAUUCAAGGACUCUCCUUCCCAGUACUUCAGGAACAGGCAAUGACAAAGGACUGGUUUCCAUUCUGAGACCAGAGCAGAGUAUGUGCACUUGGUACCUGGAGUCUGCAGGUGGAAACCCUGUCCAAAGUGUGGCCAUUCCACUCUCCUACUCAGAAAGAGAUCCUAUCCCUGGAGGCUGUAAUUUGGAGUUUGACUUAGAUAUUGAUCCCAACAUUUACUUGGAAUAUAAUUUCUUUGCAACGACUAUCAAAUUUGCCCCAGCAAACCUAGGCUAUGCGAGAGAUGCACCUCCUCCGCCGUGUGAUGUUGGGACGGGCCAGGAGAGUAGGUGGAGAUUGCAGUAUGAUGUGUAUCAGUAUUUUCUGCCCGAGAAUGACCUCGCAGAAGAUGUGCUGCUGCAGCAUCUGCAGAGAAUGGCCCAGGUGUCCCAGGUGAAGGCCAAUGCCAUGAAGGUGGUUACCUUAACAGCUAAUGAUAAGACAAGUGUUUCCUUCUCCGCCCUACCUGGACAAGGUGUCAUUUAUAAUGUCAUUGUUUGGGACCCGCUACUAAAUGCAUCUGCUGCUUAUGUUCCUGUUCACACAUAUGCUUGCAGAUUUGAGGCACUGGAGGAUAGUUGUGCUUCCCUUGGAAGAGUAUCUACAAAAGUGUUCUUCACUCUUUUUGCCCUGCUUGGUCUCUUCAUUUGUUUCUUUGGACACAGAUUCUGGAAAACAGAAUUGUUCUUCAUUGGCUUUAUCUUCCUGGGAUUCUUCUUUUACAUACUGAUUACAAGACUGACACUUAUUAAGUAUGACGUUCGACUGAUCCUGACAGCCGCAGCUGGCAGCGUGGGCGGAGUUCUCCUGGUGGCCCUCUGGUGGCGAUUUGGGACCCUCGGGCUGUGCCUGCUGUGUACUGGGCUCGUGCUGGGCUUUCUCAGCUCUGCAGCGGCUUUCUUCACUCCUCUGGGAAACCUAAAGGUUUUUCGUGAUGAUGGUGUGUUUUGGGUGACUUUCUCUUGUGUCACUGUCUUCAUUCCAGUAGUUUUCUUGGGCUGCCUAAGAAUACUCAACAUCCUGACCUGCGGAGUCGUUGGCUCCUACUUGGUGGUUUUGGCAGUUGACAGUUACAAGUACACAAGCCUUUCUUACAUCACUCUGAACGUUCUCAGGAGAGCACUCAACACAGAUUUCCGCAGGGCUUUCACAAAUGUGCCUUUUCAAACUAAUGACUUUAUUAUCCUGGCAGUAUGGGGGAUGCUGGCUGUAAGCGGAAUUACAUUACAAAUACGGAGAGAAAGAGGGCGACCGCUUUUCCCUCCUCACCCAUACAAGUUGUGGAAGCAGGAGAGAGAGCGCCGAGUAACGAACAUUCUGGAUCCCAGCUACCACAUCCCUCCAUUGAGAGAAAGGCUCUAUGGCCGAUUAACCCAGAUCAAAGAGCUCUUCCAGAAGGAGCAGCCUGCAGGAGAGAGGACACCUCUGCUUCUGUAGAGGGGUGUGGGCUUGAUCAGGGGACCUCAGCUCUGGAGUUCAUGCUCACAUGGCUUCCGCAGUCUCUGGAGCGAUCCUAACAUGGUCAGGUGUCCUUGCUGUUAUAUGGCAAGGGCACACUAGGGAGUUAGGAUGCCUCUAAGUCAGGGAAGGAGAAAGACACCAACAAGUUGGUGGUAGGGAGGCUUUUCCUUAUUCCAACUACUUAGGAAAUUAUCUUUUGACUUGUAAAUAUAUGAUUGAUAUAUUCCAUUAAAUCCAUCAAAAAUUCAAAAAUAAAAAACACUGGUUCUCCGCCUGGUGUUUCUUUCUAUAACUCCUUGAACAAUCCUCUCCCCUGACUCUGUCUAAACUUGGGGAGGGGGAGGUAUUUAAGGAGUGUAUUGGAUCUUUAUUCACCUCUGUUUGCAGAUGUAGGGAUUUGAUACUGAAUCCCUUGAAUGUCAGGAUAUAAAAAGAGAAGUAACUUUUUUCUUAUAGAAGUAAUCUGAUUACUUAGUUGCAUGUUCUUUUAAUCAACACGAUGUCAGCAUUUAAAAAGUUUUAAUUGUGGUAAAAUACACAUAAAACUUACCAACUUAUUUUUAGUGUACAAUUCAGUGGGAUCCCUUUGUUUUUGCCUUUCAUUGCUUAAAAUGGUGACUUUGCAAGUGGUUAAAUUACAUCACUUAUUUAAAACUAGGUCAAUUCUACACAAAUAAUAGAAUGUUUACAUAGGUGUUUAUUUAUAUUCCAAAUAAUGGGCUUGGGUUAUUUUUUUCUUUCAUGGCCUUUUAAGAUAGUGUUGAAACUGAAUUAGAUGACAUGGAUUAUGUUUCAUUUCUAGGAAAUAAGUUGACCCCUAACCUUAAUGUAUGAUGCCAUUAACAACCUUAGAACAAUUGACACUUCAGUAUUCUUUUUGGCUGACGUACCUGUGUUAGCAUUAAUGUAUAACAGUGAUACAUUAAUGUAUAACUGCUUUCCUGUCAUUAAAGCCUGUGUGCUAUGUUUUGAAGUGAUGAGGGAGUCAUCAAGGAUAUUGGGCAUGACCUGCUUUUAAUCAGGACCAGCUUGGAUUCUGUAAGGAGAGUCCCCUCCAUUUGAUACCCUUGUUUCACCACAAGAAAGACCUUGGCAGCCCUGGGCUGCAUUCCUCCUGCUCAAUGCCUUUUUUCUUGCCUGUCAGAGCGCUGCAUUGUGAGCCAGUUCCUCUGACAAGCUGAGGUCAGUUGUGCCCGUGGCAUAUACGUUUGUGAGGUAACCACUACUUAAGUGCUGCUGCUUUUUAGUUUCUUCAGAGCAGAAAAGAUUAUUGAAGUUUCACGUCCCUGGAGAACUCUUUAACUUUUGCUUUUAAAAGUGUUUUGGGAAGGAUAAAACAAAAUGAGAAAAUAUAAAAUGAACCAUUUUUGCUUUGAAAAGUUAAAUGCCGGUAUCCAUUUACUACUCUGUAAUUCUUACUAUUUAUAAUUUAAACUUGACCAAAAAAUCUGAUUAAAAAAUGUACUGUAGGGACUCUGGUUUCUACCAUAGCUUUGUACAUUCUAACAAGGUUUAAUGGAAUGUUUGUGAAUCAUUCUCUGUACCAUCAGAAUUUCUGUACUGGCUCAAGACGGUAAAAGGCAGAACACACCUUUUUGGAGGGAGAAUGCAAAUUAUUUAAAAACUUUCACUAUGAUUUGUAAUGAGAAAGUCAGUUUGUAUAAUUUUUAUAAUAAAUACCUAUUUUUUAAAAAGUGA